AUGGAUGAGGAUAUGGUGGACACCGGUCCUCGAGGCCGGCACCGGUCUGUGCUUCGGGGGACCGAGCUAGGACAACGCCAACGAAGUAAAGACAACCUCGGGCACGCCAGAAUGAUGGAGUCGGACAGCUUGCUCGGCCAAUUCUCAUUUGCACCAGCCACACAAACCACCGUCGUCACCACAACCACGACUACUACAACCAAGUUCCCUCCCUUCAUCAUCCGUCCACUGCGGCGGACGAAGGACUUGGAUCUCAAGCAAUACCCUUUGGCAGCCAGCCCCACCCCGGCCGGUUUGAAGAAGAUACACUUCGAAAUAGGAGGGAAACACACAAUAUUUCGCGAGGCGGAAGAUACCACGCUGGCACUGGAGCAGUUACAAGAGGAGCAACGGUCUCUUCGAAAUGCCAAUGGGGCACUCGAAACCGUGGAGACCUUUCAGCCUUACACUGAUGUCCCGUCAGCAGGCUCAAAGUUUACCUCCGUCCGGCGGAGAGUCCAGAGAAGACCGGCAUCGCCAGAAUCUAUUACUGACAGCGAAGAACAUCCGCAAUCGCGCGACCCUUCGUUUACGUCAAGUCGUGCUGGCCCGUCGACAAGGUAUCGCUCCGACCCUGUCGUCUCGAAUUCCCACUACCAAUCCAUAAACCCCAUCACCCCAGACAGCAUCCCGAAAUCCAGCAAUGGAUCCCGCGUGCUCAAUAUGCGAGAGCCGCGAGAGCAGGCUAGUUCAUCCAGAAGCAAAAAUACGCUUCUCCCCUCGCCAAAAAUGCACCAGCAGCCACCAUUUCCAAACCCAGAGUCCUCAUCCCCAAGACCUACGCAAUAUUAUUCCCUAGAAUCAGAAGAUGGAGCCUCGUCAGCCGAUCGCUCCCAUUUAGAACGGAGGACUCAUAGAGACAUUUCACAAGAAACCGCAGUGCCUACGCCGCCUAUAAUGGAGGACGCUGAGCCGUCUUCAGCAAGGCCUCGCAGUAGGCGCGCUCUAUCAUCCGUUCCAGCUCGGUUGCAUGUCGCGGAAAGCCCAUCCGUCCAGGACGGAAGUCUUCCUAGUCCGAGUCUUUCUCCUGUCACGGCUGCAGCAACACUACAGAACGCUGGAUACUUUGCAGACGUCGACUCAAAUUCGGAAAUCUCCUCACAGCAUGACGGGAUAUCAAGAGCUCUUGUGCCGGACAGACAGUCGCCCAGCUCUGGACACUCCCCUCAAGUCGUGGACUUGCGUUCUCGUCACGAUUCUCGCCAGCUCUCUCGGUUUGCCAAUGGCUCAGUCGCCGAGAUCCCGGCGAUGCUUGACUACUUUGAGGCCAUCCCAGAUGAACUGAAGAGCUACGUAAUGCACCAGCUCCUCCGCCGAUGCCCUAAGCCUACACUACAAGUCGUUGCGGACGCCGUCAACCCUGCGUUGAAAUGCGAUUUCCUUUCCCUCCUUCCACCCGAAUUGGCACUCAACGUCCUCAAAUAUCUUGAUGUCAAGAGUCUCUGCAGGGCAGCGCAGGUGUCGAGAAAAUGGCGGCAGAUGGUCAACGGUGAUGAAAGAGCCUGGAAAGAACUAUUUGAUGCAGACGGGUUCACAUUGCCAGAAGGAGAAUUGCAACAGGCUAUUGCCGAAGGUUGGGGCUGGCAAGACCCGUCCGGUCCAUAUGGAUACGAAGAGAACAUCGCCGACUCGACUCCUACCAGGCACGACACAAGCGCUGAUGCCUAUUCUCUCGCAGCACACUCCACCAAUAGGUUUAGUGGGAUCCUUCGAUCUAAGCGGAAGGCCUCCACGUCGCUCUCCAAUCGUAACAAACAAGUCAAACGUGUCAAGUCUGACUCCGGGGAACCCUCGGCUGACGUCACUUCUUUCGACCUCUUGAAUGACAUUUCCUUCGCCGACGGCCCAUAUAAUGCGGCACACUCGGCCUUGAUGGCCGUCCCCCAACCCAACAUUGGCCUCCCAAGUCUUACAGGUUUACAUCUCUACAAAUCCCUCUAUCGGAGACACUAUCUUAUUCGAAGGAACUGGAUGUUUGAAGAUGCGAAACCUCAACAUAUCGCGUUUCGCGCGCACGACUCCCACGUCGUUACUUGCCUUCAAUUUGAUACCGACAAGAUCGUGACGGGCAGUGAUGAUAACAACAUCAACGUCUACGAAACCAAGACCGGGAUCUUACGGGCGAUCCUGACGGGACACGAAGGCGGGGUCUGGGCUCUGCAAUACGAGGGAAACACACUGGUCUCGGGGUCGACGGAUCGAUCAGUACGUGUCUGGAAUAUCGAAGAAGCACGUGAGACCCACGUCUUCCGCGGGCACACAUCAACAGUACGAUGUCUUCAAAUUGUAUCCCCUGUCCAAGUUGGAGAGAAUGCAGAAGGCCGGCCUAUUAUGAUGCCCAAACAGCCUCUGAUCAUCACGGGAUCCCGCGACUCUACCUUACGAGUGUGGAAGCUUCCACGGCCAGAAGACCCACCAUUCAUCCAAGCUGAAAAUGAAGUCGAUGCGGAUGAUUGUCCCUACUUUGUACGGACCUUGUCCGGUCAUCAGCAUUCUGUACGUGCAAUCGCAGCUCAUGCAGAUACUUUGGUAAGUGGAAGCUACGAUUGCACGGUUCGUGUGUGGAAAAUAUCCACGGGCGAGACUAUCCACCGCCUCCAAGGCCACACACAGAAGGUCUACAGCGUUGUCCUCGACCAUGAACGCAAUCGCUGCAUAAGCGGCUCAAUGGACAACAUGGUGCGUAUUUGGGAUCUUAACACGGGUUCCCUCAAAUAUAGCUUGGAGGGGCAUACCUCCCUGGUCGGUCUACUGGACUUGAACUGCGAUAAACUGGUCUCCGCAGCGGCCGACUCGACGCUCAGAAUAUGGGACCCGGAGACUGGACAGUGCAAAGCCACGCUGAGCGCACACACAGGUGCUAUCACCUGCUUCAAGCAUGACGGUCAGAAAGUCAUCUCCGGCUCUGACAGAACGCUGAAAUUGUGGAAUAUCAAAACCGGCGAAUGCGUCAAGGACCUGCUCUCCGACCUCAGCGGAGUGUGGCAGGUGAAGUUCAACGAAAGGCGCUGCGUUGCGGCAGUGCAGCGUGAUGGAUUGACAUUCAUAGAGGUUCUAGACUAUGGCGCUGCCCGAGACGGCGUCCCUGAUUACAAUCUCGGUCGCAGAAUCGUCGUCGACGCGGAUGGGAUAGAAGCCAAUCACGACGACAACGGAUAUUUGGAUCUGGACGGCACCGUUGAUGCGUGA